GUAAGUUCUGAACAUUUCCCAGAAGAAGGCAUACAUAUCAUGCCCAUGCAGAGGGGUAACGGGGCUGAAGAAUAAAGGAAGGAAACUACCUUGAAGCACCAGAUCACUAGGAAAUCCUCACACUGCAAUAACACAAGCAUCACCCCUGGAUCUCCUGGUUUGUUACAAGUUUGAAAUGUCUGGGGUGAAAGAAGCGGAAUUUAACACGAACGCAACUACUGGAAUGGGCUACACAUCAAUCCCAGCAGCCAUGGUUUUAGCUUCAGUGUUCUUAUUUGUGGCCCUGCUGGUCGGACUGGUUGUGAAUUCCCUUUACCUCUGGGUCCUCAGAUUCAGGAUGCGCAGGAGCAUCAACACCACUUGGUUCCUCCAUUUAAUUUUAUCCUAUUUCCUUUCUACAUUCACAAUGCCUUUCUUUGCAGUGUCUUUGCUAAUGUUUCCCCACUGGCCGUUUGGAGACCUCCUGUGUAAAUUAACCGAUUAUCUACUUAAUGUAUGUACGUAUACAUGUGUUUUCCUUUUCACAGUAAUCAGCCUUGAUCGCUACAGUUUAGUCUUUCACCCAGUCUGGUACAGAGGACACAUGAAUAAUCGCUAUGCAUCUGCCAUCUGCAUUUGUAUUUGGGGGGUGGCCAUUUUGUUUAACUUCCCAUAUUUAGCAUUUAGCCAGACACACCUGCUGGAAGACAAUAAAACUUCCAUAUGCAUUGAUUAUAUACUUUCCAUGUCAAUCUGGCCAAAGUCAGCAACACAACUGAAAUGGGUCAUGUUCAGCUUUCAUGUAAUAUUGAGCUUCCCACUGCCAUUUGCUGUAAUGACAGUUUGCUAUGUCAGAAUUGCUCUCAGGAUGAAGAAGGGAAACCUGGCCAGAUCAACUAAAUCUUACAAGGUCAUGUUUAUUACUGUAGCAUCUUUCUUUGUAUCCUGGCUCCCCUAUCCUUUAUGGUAUGGAAUGAUCGGCAGAAUCGAUGAAUCCACUUCGAAUAUACUAAUGGCCCUUGCCAUAUGCGUGUCCUGCAUGAGUUAUUGCUUUACUCCACUAUUAUAUCUCUUUAUUGCAGAGAACUUCAAGAAAACAAUACAGAAGUCUGUACUGUUGCUCAUUGAGUCGGUAUUUAAUGAAACGUUCAACUCAUUCAACAGAAGUUUUGAGUUAAAACCAGAGGCCCCUCCCAGCUCUGCUUCAAAGAUAGGAACGAGGGAGGAGCCACUUGAAGAAAUACAGUAAAUGUGGAUGUAGAUUUACUGAUGUGAUGGAAUGAAUGCAAACCAACGUACCAGGCAACCCAAUCUACCGCAAACACUUCAUCAAACUGACUGCAAAUACAUUUCGACUAGUUGUGAAGAUAAUUAUGCUCCUGUGGAAUGUACAAGCUCCCCAGAUCUAAUCCCAACUAGCUUUUUGGCUGCCCCUCCCAGCUAUGGUUUAGACUCUUCAGGGGACCACAGCAACACAGCUUUUAGAGCUUCUUUUAGAGCUUCUUACUGCUGGGUUUGGCACCUACUAUAAGACCUCAGUAGGUCAAUAGUACUACCUAGUUAAUAUAAAAGAAACAUAUGCUCAUAAGCCAAAGUUUGUUGAAACCUCACCCAUUGUAUAGAUGGGCCCGGGUGCUCAUGCCUCAGACCUUCAGCUUGAGGGAGCUUUUCAGGAAAUCGAAAAUACACGAAAGCAGGCACUCCGGAAUUAAAUGAAAUAAUUCAGCAGUAGCUCAGAAAAUGAAGUAAAAUCUAACACACAAUGCUACAAGCCUUACGCGUUUCGUACCUAUAUGGUACUUAAUCAUAGGCUAAAUGAGAAAUCACAGACAACAAGUAUUUAAAGCAAAAUUAGCCAAUGGCUGUACAAGAAAAAUCAACCAAUCACAACAUGUUGAGGUGACAAUCAAAGCUUAGACAGGUACAAAAUGCGUAAGGCUUGUAGCAUUAUGCGUUAGUUAAAUAAAUUACUUUGAUUUUACUUCAUUUUCUGAGCUACUGCUGAAUUCUUUCAUCUAAUUCCGGAGUGCCUGCUUUUGUGUUUUUUUGGAUUUCCUGAAUAGUGCUACCUAGCCAAGUUCCAAGGGCUCACGUAUGUCCGCAGGUGCAGUUCCCACAAUUUCCUUGCAGUCAGUUCCACAUAAACCACUUUCAUUAAAGAUACUUGCAUCAAAAUGCGUUUCUGUAUAGUUGGGUUUGGCGCCACUCAGUCCUUCCUGCAGAGUGUGCAUA